GGUCAAGCACUUCUGCACACGAACUUUUUAUAAGUCACGUUAAUUAUUAUAGAGUAAUUAGUAACUGAAUCCCCACUUUACGAGUUCUAUUUACUCGAACAGUAUUGCAGUUUUCACAGCAUAUGGAAUAUUAAUUACGCCAUACAGCACAACGAUUUAACAUAGACCGAUCGAGACACUCUUAAUUUUCUAUAAACUAAGGUACGAGUACGAAAUAUUUUAUGCAAAUAGUGUAGAACGUAAAAAAAACAUAGGAGCCAGAAAGCGUGAUACAUACAAAAAUCACUUAAAAAACUAUAUUACAAAAAAAAUUGUUUUCAUCGCAAUUGCGUUUCUUUGGAUUUCGGUCGAUAUACCUUUUUCGAGUAAGUCCGAGUACUGCGAUAAUUUACACAAAGGAGUUACUACUAAACAUCUUCGGAAGAACAUCGCAUCGCGUCGAUGAAAUUGGAGAAUUGCAUGGUGCCUAAUGUGUCGGUGAUGAAUACAGCCCUGAAAAUUGUGGCGGCGAAGCCGCCAAGAGGCGCGCGCAGUCCACGAAAUAUCCAAGCGUUUCCCCGCGGCCGACAUGUUCGCGCGGCCAACAGCUGUUCCGAAAGGCGAGCGAACUCCCCAUCGUAAUCUGGGUCAUGGAAACUGCGCAAAAUGGGUUGCACUUGCACCGAAAACGCGCAUUUCUUCAAAAACCGGCGGAUCGCCUCGGGAAUUUCGCCUAAUCCUAUGGACGGAACUAGCACGCGAUACGUUGCUGUCCACACUAUAAAUUGCCAUUCGAAAUAUGCAACCUCCUCCGAGCAGCCGUUGCAUAUCUGUCAACGUGCUUGACUGGUUCCCGACGAGAGAGCCGUACGUGGAUUGGCCGAGGAUUUUCGGACAUCGACCUACGCGCGAGCCUCGAAACGUGCUAAUCACAGAAUGCGUGUAGACGAUAUUUCGUCGAAUAUACCACGUGCCCGCGUGAAUAAUCCCGUCUUAAUGUCUUACGCCCGGUAUUUCUUCCUUUGGAAUCUUUUAUCGAACCGUCCCGUACAAUUUUCUCUUCGACGCCGUACGAAGUCGGGCACAGCCCACGUGAAACGUAAUCGGUAUCCCUUGAAUACGUACACGGCACCACGUGAUUGAUUUGGUAUUUUCGUUUAACCUUUAUAAUACUCGUAAUUUGUAAGUUCUUUCAGAAAUGCUAUUAUCACGAUUGUACACGUCCAGUAAUUGGUUCACACACGAUUCAGAUUGAAACAAUGUUGAGCCAACGAUGAAUUCUAAUUUCGUCUGAUACUUGAUUAUAUGCUAUACGUUUUUAGACUAACAAACUUGUUAUUAAUCAAGAUAAUAUAAACAUUAAAAAGACUCGGAAAGAUAAAAUAUAUUUUGUAUAAUAAGAAUUUCACAUUGUACAUUGCACAUUGCAAUAAACAAAUUUGCCAUAAAAUGUUUAAGAACGUAGUUGUAGGCAUAUCUGGUGGAGUUGAUAGUGCUGUUGCAGCAUUUAUGUUAAAAAAUAAAGGAUUCAAUGUCACUGGAGUAUUUAUGAAAAAUUGGGAUAUACUUGAUGAAACUGGAAGGUGUGCAACUGAAAAAGAUCAUGAACAUGCACUAUGGGUGUGUAAUAAAUUAAGAAUUCCUCUUGUAGAAGUCAAUUUUGUAAAAGAAUAUUGGAAUAAUGUCUUCAGCUACUUGAUAGACCAUUACGAAAAAGGGAGGACACCAAAUCCUGAUAUUCUAUGUAACAAAUAUAUUAAAUUUGACAAAUUUUUUCAUUUUGCGCGUACUGAACUUCAUGCUGAUGCUAUUGCAACUGGACACUAUGUUAGAACCAGUUUUGGACCAUAUCUUGAACAUUUCAAACCAGACACCGGCGUUCAUUUACUUAAAGCACGAGAUAAGAAUAAAGAUCAGACAUUUUUCUUGUGUCAAAUACCUCAGCACACAUUGCGAUAUUCUAUGUUUCCUCUUGGAAAUCAUUUGAAAAAUAAUGUCAAACAAAUUGCCAAAGAAGCUGGAUUAGAUUUAAUUGUUCGUAAAAAGGAAAGCAUGGGUAUAUGUUUUGUGGGGAAACGAAAUUUUCAAGAUUUCAUAUCCGAGUACAUAUCCGACAAACCUGGGGAUUUUGUAGACUUGGAUAGUGGUCAAGUAGUUGGAAAACAUUUGGGCUUUCAUCAUUGGACCAUAGGUCAGAGAACUAAAAUUGCAGGUAGUCUGGAAGCAUACUUUGUGCAGAAGAAGGAUGUAGUAACGAAUAAUAUAAUUGUAGUUCGAGGAACACAUCACCCAGCACUGUAUUCAAAUUUUAUGAUGGCAGAAUCUGCUUAUUGGAUACACAAAGAACCGGAACAAUUUAAUAAUUAUUUCAGAAUAUUAAAUUGUGACUUUCGUUCUCAGCAUAGAUAUCCUGUAAUAUCUUGCUUACUUCACAAAACUAUAAAUGAUCAAUUACUAAUUCGAAUUAGCCUACCUGCAAGAGCAGUUACAGAUGGACAGUUUGCUGUUUUCUAUAACGACGAAGAAUGUUUGGGCAGUGCCCCGAUUGUAUGCACUGGCCCAUCAUAUCAUUCUCUUAAACAAGAAGUGAAUGUUGAACAAUUGCCAGAUUAUUACAAACCCGAGGAAGAAUUUGCACAUGCAACUGUGUAAUUUACAAUACAUAUUUGACAGUAGCAUACUGUAAAAUAUACUUUUUUGGUAAAAAAUAAACUGGAAAAUAU